AUUGACAUGUGUGUUUUGAAAAAUCAAAUAUUAAUUUAUAAUUAUUAAUAUUUAAUUGUCUAAUAGGUACCUAUUAUUUUAAUAUAAUUCACUUGGUCGUCAUGGAAUACGAAUUCAAAGACAGAACAAAAGUGAAACGGCAUCGAAAGCCAAUUAAUAGGACAACCAAACGAACUAUAACUUUUGAUGAAAAAUCUAGAACAGAUUUUUUGACUGGAUUUCAUAAAAGAAAGCUUGCACGAAAAAAGAAAGCCAGAGAUGAUUUUGAAAAGAAACUUAAAGAAGAAAAGAAAAGAAUCAAAACUGAGGCAAGAGAAACGUUUUUAAAAUUGACUAAUUCUCAUCCGUUUAUCAAAGAACCUCUUGAUAUGGUCACAAGAGAAUAUAAUUUGGAAAAUCAUACAGUACAAAUUUGUGAUCUUUCAACAGAUGAGAUUGCAAAAAGUAACAAUUGGAUUGGAUCAAAUAAGGUAAUUUAUGAAGAUGACGAAGAAAGUAAAAAAGAAGAGGAUAUUGAUAAAACAAAUGAAGAAGAUGGUGAUGUACCUGGCAUGAGUUUCAGUUCAAUAAAAGAAAUAAAAAAGGCAAUUAAAAAACAAGCAUCUCAAACUGUACAAAACAGUAAAAUAUUUAAAAUGAAAAACAAAAUUGAACAAAUUAAAGAUAAAAAGAAAGCUAAAAGGAAGAAAAUGUUAGAAACAAAAAGACAAAAAUGGUUGAAAAAAAAAGGGAAAAAGAUAAAAAAAUGAUUAUAUUACUAGUAGAUUUUUCUGGUUUGUUAUGAAGGUAUAUUAUGUAUAAAUUUAAAAAUAAUAAAAUAUAUACAUUAUUUAUUAUUC